AGUGCUGUUUGUGCUUCUUGCUGGAUCCUCAGCUAAACAUUUCCAUCCUUGCUGGACAGAGACACCUUUGUUAGCCCAGAAGCAGCAAAGUCCUUGUAGCGUCUCACCUCUGUAUUUCACUCUGCCUUUUCCCAUUCCUGUGUCUGCAGACAAACAUGCCUUGCAUAGGGAGUCCACAGCUUUUGCUUCUGCUACUUACUGGAUUUUUUCUUCCUGCAGUACUCACAGGAUACCCUCAGGCUGCAGCACCAACUGUUUGGCAGGAACCUCCAGAAUUUCCUUCAGGAGGAGGUUCCCUGGAAACAACACCAUCCCUCAGACUCUCAGAUGUCACAGGAGUGCCAGCUGAAACUUUUGAGCCUGACCCCACACAAGAAGAUCUGCUUGGUAAUGGUGACGGGUCUUUGGGUCCAGGAGCUGUAGCUGCGAUAGUCCUGGCUGCACUGCUUGGAACCUCUGUGCUCGUCGCUCUGAUUGUUAUCACGCUCAGAAAAUUUAACGCCUCUUAAAUUAAUAAAGUAACAAAUAAAGCUGAAAUUUUGUUGGCCCGUUACCAAAUUGGAUGAAAAGCAAGCAAGUACAUUGCAGAUGGGCCCUAAUCAUUUUUGCAGCCAAGGCUUUAUAUUAUUUAUAGCAUGCUUUGAGGGUCCCGUGUCCACAGAACCCAGGGGUUCUUGUGCUACAUAUAAACAAUAUUCCUGUCUGCAAAGUGCAUUCUUUGAUUGUUAAUAUAUUACAACAUGAUGGAAAUAUUAUCUAAUUAUGCUAAACACUGAUAUAAAGGAAAAGAGUUGGCACCUUG